ACCCGAUUUCUACAUGUACGAUACUUCAGUCUCCUUUCACCGCCGUAGCUGUCGACGGCAAGUCAAAACAUAAAACUUCAACCAGCUUUCUUUCUCCGCAAUGGCGUCGCAUCAUGCAUCUCUCGGCCGACGGACGUUGGAAGAAAUUCGUCAAAAGAGGGCAGCUCAGAAAUUAAGCAAAACCUCAUCUGGACCUGAUCUCACAAUACCUCCUAACCCUAGCGAGGUCUUUGGAAUCAAGAAAUCAUCAAGCGGAAGUGGAAUCUCUGAGAGUGAUAUUAGUGGCUUGGUAUCACAGUUGCAAGAGUUGCAGAAAAAGAACUUAGAACUAGAUGAAGAGAACAAAAAACUGAGCUCAGAGCUUCAUUCUAAUGAAGUGGAGAAUGACAUGCUUCGGAAGCGUGUGAAUGACCUGGAACAAAAUACUGUACCCUCAUUGAGAAGAGCUCUUAAGGAUGUUGCAAUGGAAAAGGAUGCAGCAGUUGUUGCAAGGGAGGACUUCUCAGCUCAGGUACGAGCACUUAAGAAGCGUCUAAAGGAAGCAGAAGAAGAGCAAUAUCGAGCUGAGGAAGAUGCAGCUGCACUAAGAUCAGAACUAAAUUUAUUACAACAACAAGCAAUCAGUGGUACCAUUACUUCCAUAGGAGGCCCACCAGAUGAUUUGCAAGCUAUGGAGAAGGAGCUUGCUGAUUUGAAGACCCAACUGGAGCAAGAGUCAAUGCUGAGGCGUCAAGAGGGAAUGAUGAGGAGGCAAGAACAACAACAACUAGUGGAGGAGCAAAGAAGGAUAUCUGCCAUCAUUUCUGAGAAAAAAGAGUUGGAAGAAAAGCUAGCAGCCAUGUCAAGAGAGGUCUCAGGAGUUAGUGACAGAGAAGCCCAGUUCACAAUGGAAGAGAAAGAGAGAUUUGAGACACAGUUGCAUGAUAUGGCUGUAGCUGUUGAGAGGCUAGAAAGUAGCAGACAAAAGCUACUGAUGGAGAUUGAUUCCCAAUCUUCCGAGAUAGAAAGGCUCUUUGAGGAGAAUUCUAACUUGUCAUCAGCUUAUCAAGAGGCAACAGACAUUAUGUCACAUUGGGAAAAUCAGGUAAAAGAUUGUCUCAAACAGAACGAGGAACUCCGUAGCAUGUUAGAUAAAUUAAGAACAGAAUCCAUUAUGAAUAAUGAGAAUCACAUUCACAGUGGUAUAUCAGAAUCCAACAAAGAAGGGGAAGCUUAUACUACUGAACUUGUAUCCCUAAAGGGUCAACUUGCUAAAGAACAGAGCAAGGCGGAGACAUUGUCUGCUGAGGUUUUGCAACUCUCAGCUCAGCUCCAACAAGCCAUUCAAGCCUACAACGGUCUUGCUCGCCUCUACAAACCCAUGUUACGCAACAUUGAGACUAAUUUACUCAAAAUGAAGCAAGAGGGCUCUUUGAUUGUGCAGUAAACUGAAGGAGGUUCAAGUUCAACAAUCAACACAAACUUGUUCUUGUAAACCGACAUUCAAAAACCAU